AUGUACGCCUGCCAUCUUCAAAUUUGUGCAAGCAUUAACCGUCCAUUAUCAGGAAGAAGCAGAACGCCUCGACCUCCAGCACCGAGUGUUCGUCAGGAUCUUCGACAGUCGACUGAUUUUUCCACCGAUUCCUCGACUUCGCAGAGUACUCGACUGUGGUUAUGGCGCUGGGUCUUGGGCAGUCGAUGUGGCUACGCAAUAUCCAGAUUGCAGGGUGAAUAUGGUCGUAAUCAACGCGUUGCACACACUGAGGCUGACAAAUUUGGCGUGAGAAAGGUAAUCGGUCUUGACAUAUCUCCGCAUAAGAAUCCGGAUGACAUGCCCGAGAAUCUAUCGUUACAGGUCGAUGACCUCAACUGUCGAUUCACCUUUCCCUCCAACCAUUUCGACCUUGUUCACUCGAGUCUCCUUGCGACCGGCAUCAACAGAGCCAGGUGGCCGUCCUACCUCGCAGACAUCAGAAGGUGCGCUCUCUUCUUGAAGCCAGGUGGAUGGGUACAGUUGAUAGAAAUAUACUUCAACGUCCAAUCGGACAACGGUUCGAUAACCGAGGAACAUGCUCUGAGACGAUGGAGCAGACAGUUCAUGAGGUCAUACGAAGGAACAAAGGAUCUGCGUGUAGGAACACGGUUGAACACUCUUCUUCGGGAUGGAGGUUUCGAAGAAAUUGAUGCGAGAAUGAUUCCUCUUCCUCUUUCGGCGUGGUCCAGUGACCCAAGAAUGCAACAAAUCGGCAUGCUUAAUCGAGAGAAUGUCAAUAAUCUCCUUCCGUCAUUGGCACUGUAUCCAUUGACUCAGAUCUCCGGCAUGUCUCAGCAAGAUUUCCAGGACCUCAUUACUCAAGCACGACGAGAGGCGGAAACAGCAAGCCUGAAGGCGUACUUUCCUUUGUAA